GGGAUUAUCACUCAGUGACUGAAGGCAAGAAUCCAUAUUCAUCCUCACAUUAGCAGAAUUACAAAACUGCACCUGUUAUCAUGAUGCACUUAAAUGGGAUAUCAUCCAGCUGUUAACCAACUGACAUCCAUUCCGAAAAACAAGGAGGUACGCCCGAAAGCCUACUAUUAUAUCACUUUAAUUCAAAAUACUAAGCCUGAAUCAGAGGACUCAAAACACCUACAACAAUAUUCUUCUAAACCCCAGACUCAUUUAUUUUUUAUGAACGACAUACCAAUCAUCAGCAUUAUCAACACCAAUCAGCUUAGGCAAUACCAUCUGAAUCAAACCCUUUCCUUAUAUCCUAAUUCACGUUAUGAGUCACUACUCCAAAAUCCUACUCACCAAAUCUUUACAUCACCAGAAUAAAG